AUGUACGUUCGCGUAGUGGCUGCAGUUUUCACGGUAUCUUCUAUGACUGCAUUUGCAUUUGUACUGGUGCGUCUGUUGAACCCAGAGUUGUUUUAUGACAAGCAGUUGGUUGGAACUAAUUUAAUUAUCCACUACUUUAUAUCGGGUCUGAUGCUGUUGACGAGCGCAAUUGGCUUUUUGAACAGCUGCAUGGUGAUAAACCGCAGUGGGACAAACAGUAGUCGUUAUAUCACCACAUGGCUGCUGUUGGACUCCUUGUUUGAGACCUCUCGGGUAGUGUACAUCUUUGUCUGUGAGGUGGUGCUCAAUGGCACCGGCUUGAUACAACGCUACGAGCUAAUAGUCAGCGCAGCACAGUACUUGUUAGACAGCUUUUUCUACUGUCAGAUGAUAUUGAGACAC